UCAUUUUAUUCUACUUGCUCUCAUUCGUGAACAAGUCUCCUGAGUUGGGAAAGAUGUCUCGGCUCCUGAGAGAUGUCCUCUGUGUAAUUGAGACAUUCCACAAGUAUGCCCGGGAGGCUGGUGAUGAGGCAACACUGACCUGCACAGAGCUGAAACGGCUCAUCCAGGGCGAGUUUGGGGACGUUCUUCAGCCACAUGCCAUUCUUGCUGUGGAGAGAAACUUAAACCUUCUGGAUAUCCACAGCAAUGGCACCAUCAGUUUUGAUGAAUUUGUUCUUGCAAUCUUCAACUUGUUGAACCUCUGUUACCUUGAUAUACAAUCGUUACUAAAAUCAGAACUCAGACAAGUGUCUGAACCAGAGAAGAAGCCAAGCGGUAUGGAUCUUCAGGUCACCAGUGGCACUGACCAGUGGACAGAGCAAACUGCAGCAACUCAAGACAGGGUGGCACCUCCUUCAGGAAUGGCAUUAUCAGCUCAGCUCAGCCCUAAGGAAAGGGGACACAAUGGAGUUGACCCACAGGGAAACACCAAGACUUACAAGCUGCUAGUAGAAGCAUCUGAGCACAAUGACUCUAAGAACCAACACCUGGAGAAAGAUCAACGGAGCCAGAAAACAGCCCAAGGUACACCAGCUACAGGAGACAGUGGGGCUCAACUUGAGAGCAACAAGUCAAGAGCAGAAUCAGAACAGAUCGGCGGUCCCACAAAGGGGAAGGGACAGGAUAAGGACAGUCCCAGGGAGGGAGAUAAACCAGUCAGGGAGCAAAGUAGCACUAAGACAAGAGAUCAAUUUGGAGAACAGGAAGGGAACCUGAGAACCCAAAGUGAUCUACCAGAAAAAACACAGAGGCCUGCCAAAGAUCAGGAAGUUGCAGCAGGAAAGGGUAUUAAGGAACAUUCUAAAACACAAGAACUAUCACUGCCAGGAAAAGAUGAUCCCAGUUCAGAGCACACUGACCUGCCAGAACAAGAAGCUGACCAGAAAUCCUUGCAGACAGAGAAACCAGUUGAGCCUGAGGAUGAUGAUAGAACAUCUGAGAACCAAGAACCAGGAGAGAAUGCUGGUAGGACACCACCUGAGACAAAGAAUACAGUUGAACCCAGGGAUGAUGGCAGAACAUCUGAGACCCAAAAGCCACCAGCGCAAGAAAAAGAACAUGAACCAAAGAACCUGCCUGACCAAGGUGAUAGCAUAAAUGUUUCAGAAACACCUGAUGUUAGAGCUGUAAGGAAAGAGAGGAGAGGCUCCAAAGCCCAUGGAACAGCAGGGGAAAAAGAAAAUGAGAGAAAAAUUCAGCUACCAACUCUGGAAGACCAACCACAGGAUGGAAAGUAUCAGGAACUCCAGGUGUCAUCAAAAGGAAGGUUAGAAGGUUCUAAGAUCAAAGGGCUAAGCUCACAAAGAGGAAAUCAAAACCAUCCUGAGAUUGAAGGAAGAGUCACUCCAGAAGAGGCAAGACAUGCUAAGAAAUGCAUAGCAGAAGCACUUAGGGGCAUCAAAAAUGCCACUGUAGCAGAAGGGACACCAGGAGCAAGAGAAAGAACACAAGAAUUGGAACCACUCAAGAACCAGUCUGGAGAAGAAAAUAAGAGGGUCACCAAGACUCAUGACAAGCCAGUCAAGGAGGACGAUGGUUACCAGGGAAAGGAUCCUGAGCCCACACUCACACAGAAUAAUGACAGUUCUCCCGAAACUCCCAAUAGCCUGGCUCCAGAGGAUGGUGACAGCAGCUCAGAGGCUACUGACUUGCCUGUGAAAGAGGAUGCCCAGAGUCAAAUAGACCCUCUCAGAGAGCCUGUGGAAAGAAGUCACAAUAAUAACCCAGACCCUGAGAAACAAGUAGCACUGGGUGAGGAAAGAACUCAGGAGGUCAUGGUGCCAGCAGUGGGAGAGGAUAAGCGGCUCCCCGAGGAACCAGAAUGGGCUGCCAGAGAAGAUCACAGGAGUCAGGGCUCAGGGACCAAGGGCCCAGGUCCAGCUGUGCACCCUGAUGGACAUCCAGAGGCACAGGAGUCCACAGCAAGUGGCGAAAACAGAAAGUCGCUGGAGACAGAAAUCCCAGGUACCCUGGAUGUAGGCUUCACUGACCAGCUUUCCAUAAGGCAGCUCCCUGCAAAGGAAGACAGCAGUAAAACGCUAAAGGCCCAGAGCCCAAGUACAAAAGGAAAGGAAGGUGGAGCACCAGAGACCCAGGAGGCUCGAGUAAAAAGUCUGGAUGAGGACAAUUCAGCCUCUCCCAAGACACAACUUGAAAGAGAGGAACCUACAACAUUGAAGGAGGAUGAAAUCCCCCAAGAGUUGGCAGGAGAAGCCAAUGACCAACAAAAUCCAGCCAAGAAAGGAUAUGAUGCUUCAGUCCCCCAGUCAGGCCUUGAAGAGAAGACACAGAUGGACAAAGAGCCCCGUUUUGUGGAGAGGGGUGCAGUCUAUGCUAGUCCUCUGUACCAGUACCUGCAAGAAAAGAUACUGCAGCAAAUGGACAUGACCCAAGCAGAGCAGCAAAAUCAAGCUCGAUCAGCCAGAGCAUCAAACCCAGAUCAUCCUAUCUCCUUCGAUGACAGCCAAGCAUUACAUUCCACCAGGGAACAUCUGCCUGGUACAGAUCCUGCCCAUGCACAGCAAACAUUAGCCCCCCAGGCCUCAGAAGAUAAGCAGGACCACCUUCAGGGAGAGAACCCAGUACUGCAAAGGGAGGCAAGCACCAAAAAGCAAUGAAUCGUUAUCAUGAUUGCAGGUGAAGUUCCAAGGAACUUCAUGCAUCUUAACAUGUCCCAGGCUUCUUCCCUCCCAACCACCCUAGUGUUCACAUACACACAUGCAGAUGCAGAUUAAUAAUAAUCUUUUAAAUUCCCUUCCUGGGUUUCCACAAAUGCAAAUAAGAAAGUAUUCAGCAGUGGGAGCUGCCAACAAAGAAAUAUCACACCAAACAUGCUACCAUAUGAUGCUACUUCCAAGUAACAAAAUGGAUUUUCUCAUGACACAAUUUAUCGCAAUUUACCUGUCACUAAAAAUAGAAAA